AUGACCCUAAGGCGUAGGAUUUUUAGGCGCCUGUCGUCGCUCUUAAAAGAUGUACCGUCAGACAUGGGAAACAAGCCGUCAGUCUCGGAAGGCGAGGACGAGGAGGAGCGGCACGCGGGAGCGGCCGCUCACGGAGGCGGCGCUCGAACGCCCGGCGUCGAAAUCACGAACGGCGGCGGCGAAGACGCCGACGAGGAGCUGGAGCUGCCGCCUCCGAUGAAACCGAUCCAGGAACCGAUUUUGGUCACGUCGCCGCCCCCGGGCGUGCCCGAUAUCGAGGAGAACCCGUGCAAAAGGGAACAACACUCUGAAAAUCAAGAACGCAACUCGUUGCUACGCGACGCUAAAUCGGCGGACGCGAUUUCGGACUACGCGCAUCGCGAGCUUUCUGCGCAGUGCUCUUCGAAUGAAGCGACAGCGCUCGCGUUCAGCGGCGACGAAAGCGACAAACCUUCGGAAGAAAGCUCGGAAGAAUCAUUGCAAAAGAAGAAAGAAAACCUCCUGAAAAAGCGAGAGUUCGUGCUCAAGGAACUGAUCGAUACCGAAGAAGCGUACGUGGAAAAUUUAAAGGAGAUAGUGGAAGAUUACAUGAGAACAAUGGCGGAUCCAGAAUGCGAAAUACCUAUACCUGAAGAUUUGCGAAAUGGAAAAGACAAAAUGGUGUUUGGAAAUAUCGAAGCAAUAUAUGAAUGGCACAAAGAGUAA